AUGGAUCCAAACAAUCCGAACAGCCGCCUUCACCUCAACUUUGGCUACAACGAUCGAGCCAUCCCGCAAAACGAUCGAGCCUUUCCUACCACUCCCUCCACCUUCCCUCAACCUGUCUAUCAGGGCCAGAGCGGACAUGAGAACUGGGGUGCCCAGACUCCCAAUGGAUACGGCAAGCCCGCCAACAACAACAAUAACGGUUAUUUCAUGAAUGCCCAGUAUCAGCCUCAGUAUCAAAACAAUCUGCAGCCGCCUGCUGCAGCAUAUCAGCAGCGACAGGCUGGAUAUGCCAACGACGGCACCAAUGGUCUCAUCCAUCAGUUUUCUCAUCAGAACUUGGGUGGAAAUCGCCCCGCCCCAUUCCCCCGCCAGCCUUCCCCGAACCAGCGUCCCCGUACUGCUGGAACCGGCGGACAUGCAGGAUAUGGAAAUUAUUUGAACCCUUCUUAUGCUGUUCGCAAUGCGGCGGCAUUGUCCGACGACGAACCGCCGGAGAGGAAUCCCGAUAAAUACUCGGCGAAUGUGAAGCACAGAGGUGCCAUGGCUGCAGAGCUCGUGGCGGCCUUUUUCAAGGAAAACGUUCAACGUGCCCGCGAGCGAAAUGGCCGAGCCGUCGAACUCGAGCAGAUCCUUAAAGAUCCAUCCAUCUCCGACACUCGUAAAGAGCAAAAGAAAAUGAAUGUGCGCAAGGCUGAAGCCCAAUACCUCAGGUUCCUCCGCACAAAGGAAAUUCCCCAAAACUUCACCACUCUCAAGGUCAUUGGCAAGGGUGCCUUUGGUGAGGUCAAGCUUGUGCAGCGCAAGACCGAUGGAAAGAUCUAUGCGUUGAAGUCUCUGGUAAAGUCUGAGAUGUUCAAGAAAGAUCAGCUCGCUCACGUCCGGUCUGAGCGUGACAUCCUCGCCGAGUCUGACAGCCCGUGGGUGGUCAAACUCCAUACAACCUUUCAGGAUCCAACCUUCCUCUAUAUGCUUAUGGAGUUUCUUCCCGGUGGCGAUCUGAUGACAAUGCUGAUCAAGUACGAGAUCUUUUCUGAAGAUAUCACUCGCUUCUACAUGGCCGAGAUUGUUUGUGCCAUUGAGGCAGUCCAUAAACUGGGUUUCAUUCAUCGUGAUAUCAAACCGGACAACAUCCUCUUGGAUCGUGGUGGCCAUAUUAAGCUGACAGACUUUGGUCUUUCGACUGGCUUUCACAAGCAGCAUGACAACUCUUAUUAUCAGCAACUGCUGUCUGGAAAGUCGAACAAGCCUAAGGACCGCAACUCAGUCUCCAUUGAUCAGAUCAACCUCACCGUCAGCAACCGCACCCAGAUCAACACUUGGCGUAAAUCUCGUCGUGUCAUGGCUUAUUCUACUGUUGGUACCCCAGACUACAUCGCUCCCGAGAUUUUCAGUGGCAGAGGCUAUUCCUUUGAUUGCGAUUGGUGGUCUGUGGGCACGAUCAUGUUUGAAUGCCUUGUUGGCUGGCCUCCGUUCUGUGCCGAGGAUCCCCAUGACACGUACCGUAAAAUCGUGAACUGGCCGGAAACCCUGUUCUUUCCUGAUGACAUUCAACUUUCUAUUGAAGCCGAGAGCAUGAUUAGAAGUCUGGUUUGCGACUCUACUAAUCGUCUCGGUCAUGUUGGAGGCGCCCAAGAGAUCAAGAACCACCCGUUCUUCCGUGGCGUUAGCUUCAAUGAUCUGCGUCGCAUCCGUGCUCCGUUUGAGCCACGCUUGAGCUCCAACGUCGAUGUCACCUACUUCCCUAUCGAUGAGAUCGACCAGACGGAUAACAGUGCCUUCUUGCGCCAGCAGACCCAGACCCAGAGCGAUGAGCAAUCUGCUGAGCUUAACCUGCCAUUUAUUGGUUACACCUACAAGCGUUUCGAUGCUUUCCGUGGCUCGUAA